AUGGGUACCCCCAUGCCGACGUCUCCCCAUUCCCCUCGGGCCCAUUCGCCAAACCUAUCUCAUUCGCCUCAUUCGCCUCAAGCGAGCGAGAGUAGCCUGUAUUCUCACAAUGGUCCUCGCGAUCACGGAUACGGUUACGAAGAAAAAAAUGACAACGCCGAGAGCUCACAGUCCCUCCUCUAUCGGAACCAACCGAGCCCCCUCCAUGCGCAAUACGAUGACCCCUACGCUUCCUCCGAUUCUCUGCGACGCUAUACUCUGCAGGAUCCAGGUGUAACAAUUUUCCCCGAUGGACCCUACCAGGAUCCUACUGCCGCGGCAGGUCUCAACCGCCGGUCGGGUGUGCAGACUCCCAUGUCAGAGACCCCAUCGGAAGCCUGGCAGCAACGGCAAGCACCUGCCUCGGGUUUGCGUCGCUACGCGACCCGAAAGAUUAAGCUGGUGCAGGGCUCCGUCCUGAGUGUGGACUAUCCGGUGCCCAGUGCCAUUCAAAAUGCUAUCCAGCAGGAGUAUCGGGAAUCAGAGGAAGGCUUCCCAGAAGAAUUCUCCCACUUGCGCUACACGGCCGCCACUUGCGACCCUGAUGAAUUCACCCUACGGAACGGAUACAACCUUCGGCCGGCCAUGUACAACCGACACACCGAGUUGCUGAUUGCCAUCACCUACUACAACGAAGAUAAGGUCCUUACCGCCCGAACACUCCAUGGUGUGAUGCAGAAUAUCCGAGACAUUGUGAACCUGAAAAAGUCAGAGUUCUGGAAUAAGGGUGGUCCGGCCUGGCAGAAGAUCGUGGUGUCCUUGGUUUUCGAUGGUAUCGAUCCUUGCGACAAGAAUACCCUGGACUUGCUGGCCACGGUCGGUAUUUACCAGGACGGUAUCAUGAAGCGAUCCGUUGAUGGAAGAGAAACGGUUGCGCACAUCUUCGAGUAUACCACUCAGCUUUCCGUCACUGCUAGCCAGCAGUUGAUUCGGCCCCAGGGUACCGAGUCAACUAACCUCCCGCCAGUCCAGAUGAUCUUUUGUUUGAAGCAGAAGAACAGCAAGAAGAUCAACUCCCACCGCUGGCUAUUCAAUGGUUUUUGUCGUAUCUUGAACCCCGAAGUGGUUAUUCUGAUUGAUGCCGGUACUAAGCCGGGCAAGAAGUCUCUGCUGGCUCUGUGGGAGUCGUUCUAUAAUGACAAGAAUCUCGGCGGAUCUUGUGGUGAGAUCCAUGCUAUGCUUGGUAAAGGUUGGAAAAACCUGAUGAAUCCGCUUGUCGCUGCGCAGAAUUUUGAGUAUAAGAUCUCAAACAUUCUCGAUAAACCUCUUGAGUCUUCCUUUGGAUAUGUCAGUGUGUUGCCUGGUGCCUUCUCAGCGUACCGAUACCGUGCGAUUAUGGGCCGGCCCCUCGAGCAGUACUUCCAUGGUGACCACACACUCUCCAAACAACUUGGUAAGAAGGGUAUUGAGGGUAUGAAUAUCUUCAAGAAGAACAUGUUCCUUGCCGAGGAUCGUAUUCUUUGCUUCGAACUGGUGGCCAAGGCUGGGUUCAAGUGGCACCUGACCUACGUCAAGGCUUCUAAGGGUGAAACCGAUGUUCCCGAGGGUGCUGCAGAGUUCAUUGGUCAAAGACGUCGCUGGCUGAACGGUUCAUUUGCCGCUAGUCUGUAUGCCAUGAUGCAUUUCGGUCGGAUUUACAAGAGUGGGCAUAACAUCCUCCGUCUCGCGUUUCUCCAUCUCCAGAUGUUGUACAACUUUGCAGGUCUUGUCAUGACUUGGUUCUCUCUCGCGUCAUUCUGGUUGACCACUUCGGUUAUUAUGGAUCUUGUCGGAACCCCGAGUGACAGCAACAAGAAUAAAGGCUGGCCCUUUGGUAAUGAAGCUUCACCUAUCGUGAAUAAUUUCUUGAAGUACGGUUAUGUGUUCUUCCUCAUGCUACAGUUCAUUCUGGCAUUGGGUAACCGACCCAAAGGUUCCCGUCUGGCUUAUACCCUUUCGUUCAUUUACUUCAGUAUCGUCCAGUGUUACAUCUUGGUUUUGUCCUUCUACUUGGUCAAGAAUGCUUUCACUGGUGGUACCCUGGACUUCGACAUGAGCCAAGGCGUGAGCAAAUUCCUGUCGUCCUUCUUUAGUUCUUCCGGUGCCGGUAUCGUCUUGGUUGCCUUGGUGUGUACUUAUGGUAUCUACUUCAUUGCCAGUUUCCUUUACAUGGAUCCUUGGCACAUGUUCACCUCCUCUUGGGCUUACUUUGCCGGUAUGACCUGCUCGAUCAAUAUUCUCAUGGUGUACGCCUUCUGCAACUGGCAUGACGUUUCUUGGGGUACCAAGGGGUCAGACAAGAGUGAGGCACUGCCAGAGGCUCAGACCAAGAAAGAUGAAGCCAAGUCCAAUUUCAUCGAGGAAGUCGACAAGCCGCAGGCCGACAUUGACAGUCAGUUUGAGGCGACCGUCAAGCGUGCGCUGGCGCCGUUUGAGGAUCCCGAAGAGAAGGAGGAGAAGAGCAUGGACGACUCGUACAAGGCCUUCCGUACUAAUCUGGUGCUCCUGUGGAUCUUCAGCAACUUGAUUUUGGCGCUGUGCAUCACCAGUGAAGGUAUUGACCGGUUCUGUCUGACGAACAAGUCGACUACUCGGACAGCCAACUACUUCUCGGCCAUUCUGUGGACGACUGCUGGUUUGUCAAUUUUCCGUUUCAUCGGCUCGCUCUGGUUCCUGGGCAAGUCGGGUAUUCUUUGCUGCGUCUCCCGACGCUAA